AACCUUGUCUAUUUUUUAUUUAAUAGUAUUCGAUAAUGUCAGCUGCGCUUUAUAUUGUAUGAACAUUUAACGAUGAACUGAAAUAUAGAAAUGGUCUAGAUGGUUUGGAAUAAAAGUUAUAAAAUGUGUAAUAAAAAUUGCUUCCCUUCUCCUAUUAAGUUACUCUUUCAAAGAUUAUAGCAAUGUAGUCAAGAGACCACGUUUCAUUUAUUUAAUUUCCAGGCAAAGGCAUGUAUAUGUAUAAGUUAUUUGUUUUUCAGCCUCAGGAAAAUAAGCACAAAACAUUCGGUUUCGAUUUUACAAAGAAAUGCAGACAUAUUUUCCAUGCUUCUUGUAAACACCUUCAAAAUUUAGUAUAGAAGUUUGUUGGUUCUCACAAUCCAGUUGAUCUCAAACACAUUCAGUGAUGUUGAGGUUUAUGCUCUGGGGUCUGUCCACCAUUCUCAGAGCUCCAGUAGCUUCAUUUAGUCAGGGCUUCUUCGCAACUACACAUACCUUUCAGACUGGAUGAAAACAUUCUGAUCUGAAGCAGUUUGAUUUUCUCCUUUCUCUCAAACAUAAAAGCUUUCUCUGUAUAUCUGAAGGGGAUAGUUUUAGUGGUCUACCAGGUCUUGCACUGUGGUCCCAUUUUUGUUGUAGCUUUUAAUCAUUUUUUGACCCCUAGUUUUGGAAACUCUGUUUUCCUUUGGCUAUCCAAUUCUUUGUGCAAAUGGAUUAUCUUAUAUGUAGUCUCUUCUGAAAUAUAUCCUGAAAAAUUAACUUAAUGACUAUUUUGACAGGAAAGUAAAUGUAUCAUGGGUGAUCUUUGCACAGUACUAAUAAUUUAGAGCACAAACAUUGAUCUCUAAAUUUGCUGGUUAAUUGUAUCCAUCGUUUGUGCCUCUUUCAUAAUGGAAUCUGUUAAGAAAUUGACAAAUAAAUCCAUUUAUGUAUCAUCUGAGAAUUAUGGUACACAUUGGUGGCGUGCUCAAAUAUAUAGGAGGAAUCGGCAUCAUCUGUCUGCCUAAACAGCCAUUUUAAGUCUCAGCAAUGCCUAUGCACAGCUUUGAUAGUUUUUUUGUUACUGUUUAUUCCAAGGCAACUAAAUAAGUUGCUACUCAUUAUGUGCCUCUUAAUGACAUGCCAUUCAUCUUUAUGAUGAGAUUUUGUGAAGAAUGAAUGACUCAAAACAUAAACAACUGCUUUUCUCAUGUCUUAACAUACAAUACUGUGAAGACUGGGAGAACUGAAGGACUUUUUGUUGUUUUUCGCUUUUUAUUUUGUCCUCAUGUUCUAAUCUAACAACAGUGCUUGUUUUCUUCCAGAUUUUACCGCCAUAAGGUGGUUCCCCCUUAAUACCCAGCUAAACUCCGUGAGGCUCCUGAGAGUGGCCUGGAAUCCGAGGUAGUUCCUAAGGUGGCUCGAAUGACUGUCUCUGGCAAGAAGCAGACCAUGGGCUUUGAUGUUCCAAGUUCCGAGGAAAAUGGCGUUACCCCAUCUGUACGGAGAGGUCCCAGCCCGGAGGCAAUGACAGUACCUGUCUUUGAGACACCAUCUAAAUCUGCCAGUGUAGUGGAGGACUCGGUGGCCCCUACUCCACCACGCUCAGCCAGCAAAAGCAAACAGCAGCUGAACAUCCGGGCAGAGCUGGAGCAGAGGCAGGGGGGGAAACCACUUCUCAACCUAGUUGUCAUAGGUCAUGUGGAUGCCGGUAAGAGCACUCUGAUGGGUCAUCUGUUAUACUUGUUGGGGAAUGUGAAUAAACGGACCAUGCACAAGUAUGAGCAGGAGGCAAAGAAAGCUGGAAAGGCCUCUUUUGCCUAUGCUUGGGUACUGGAUGAGACAGGAGAAGAGAGAGACAGAGGGGUGACCAUGGAUGUAGGGAUGACCAAGUUUGAGACCAACUCCAAAGUUGUGACUCUGAUGGAUGCGCCAGGACACAAAGAUUUUAUUCCCAACAUGAUCACUGGAGCGGCACAGGCAGAUGUAGCCGUUCUGGUGGUGGAUGCCAGUCGGGGGGAGUUUGAAGCUGGGUUUGAAGCAGGUGGGCAGACGAGAGAGCAUGCCCUCCUAGUCCGAUCGCUCGGCGUCACACAGCUCGCUGUUGCUGUCAACAAGAUGGACCAGGUGAACUGGCAGCAGGAGAGGUUCCAGGAAAUCACCUCCAAACUUGGUCAUUUUCUGAAGCUGGCUGGGUUCAAGGAGUCUGAUGUUUAUUACGUCCCAACCAGUGGUCUUUCAGGAGAGAAUCUCACCACAAGGAGCAAAGAAGCUGAGCUCACAGCCUGGUACACUGGACCAUGUCUGCUGGAACAGAUAGACUCAUUUAAAGCUCCUCAGAGGUCAGUGGAGAAGCCCUUCAGACUUUGUGUCUCAGACGUCUUUAAAGAUCAGGGUUCUGGGUUCUGUGUGACGGGGAAGAUUGAGGCUGGGUUCAUUCAGACUGGAGACAAAGUGCUGGCCAUGCCACCCAAUGAGACCUGCACUGUAAAAGGUAUCACUCUUCAUGAUGAAUCACUAGACUGGGCGGCUGCAGGUGACCAUGUUAGUUUGACAGUCACCGGGAUGGACAUCAUAAAGAUAAAUGUUGGUUGUGUAUUCUGCGGCCCUAAGGAGCCCAUUAAGGCCUGUUCUCGUUUCCGGGCCAGAAUUCUGUUGUUCAACAUCGAAGUCCCGAUAACACAAGGCUUCCCUGUUCUGUUACACUAUCAGACAGUGAGUGAGCCUGCCACCAUCAGAAAACUAGUCAGUGUGUUACACAAAAACAGUGGGGAGGUUCUGAAAAAGAAACCAAAGUGUUUGAGUAAGGGCCAGAAUGCUGUGGUAGAGAUCCAGACACAGAGGCCUGUGGCUUUGGAGCUCUAUAAGGACUUCAAGGAACUGGGCCGCUUCAUGCUCCGAUAUGUUGGCUCUACCAUUGCUGCUGGAGUUGUAACAGAGAUCAAAGAGUAAACUUCAGCUGCACCCAGAUCCUUCACACCAUGCUGACUGGACGGAGGCGCCUCUGAACAGAUGAUCAGUUCCACCCAAAACCAUACUUAUACUCAUUUCCUCUAAUUACAACCUCUUUCCUAUCUCACCCUGCCUAUAAGAUGACACCUAAAGGCUCAUGUGCGUGCAUGGCACAUAUCUGCCUGCCUCAAGUUCAUCACAUGCUCCUAUUAGUUGCCAAUAACACCAUAAACAGACUCAGAAACGCAUAUAUACACACUUAGUGUGUUUACAUUAAACUGUUUUCUCUUCCUUUUUGUUAUUUGCUUCCCUCAUACGCAAACUGAAGAACAGUAUUUUGAUUAUUUUAUUAUAUUUCCCUGUAUUUUUAUUAAAUAUGUUAAUCUUAAUUUGAUUAGAUCGCUGGGAAAGAUAAAGGGCGCUUCACCUAUAGCAAGGUGAGAAGUUUUUAGGGUGUAUUAUUUUGAGGAUGUUUGAGUUAUUGAUUAAGGGCUUUGUUAUAAGAGAUGCAGGGAAUAUGGGGGAAAAAAUAUGCGUUGCUCCAGUCUACAACUUUCUACAUAUCCUCUAUGGCUGACACUCCUGCAGCUUUCCAGGAAUGAACUGCACUAUACAUAGACUUCUCAGACCUCAUCACAUCCAUUGUAAGAGCUGCACUUGCGUGUGAAAAGUAACAAUUAUGCUAUUAAUAUCAACAGCAGACUUAAAAUGACACUAAAAGGACAAAGACAGUGGGGCAGAGUGAAUGAAAGAGGCCAAAGAGGAGGAGAUGGAAGAAUGAAAUGCUGGUCAGGGUGCCAUCAUACAGUAAGCAAAGGAGGACCUGAAGCACAGUACAGUUUCUGUAUUGUCUGUAUUGCUUUUGAGCACUGGCAGCUUGGUUAGUCAUUGAAAAUGUUUUGUUUAAAGUUGAACCACCUGAAAGCUGCUUCGAUGAAAAAUUAAAACCAAGAACAUGACUGCAGAAA